AAAUCCCCGAUUUUAACGUUAACACAGUUAUUUGCAUGAUUGUUGUCAAAUUUGCUGGACAUUUUUUGUAAAGGAUUGUGUAAAUUGUUAACUUCAAAAGAAGAGGUAUACAAUGUAUCAGUGAAAAUGGAUGUAUUACACCAAUGCAAAAGUGAUCUAUCCAGCAUGAUAAGGCAACCUGGCGGCAUAUCAAAAGCGGAUUUAUCAAAGAAUGUUCCAUCUGAUUCUGGCUGUCAACAAGUGAUUGUUACCGUAUCCGGCAACGGACGGGUUCGUCUGACGACACAGAGUUUCAUUGAACCUGCGAUAAACAUGGUUCUGUCUCUUGAAUACACGACUACAACGGACAGUAACACUACCUUGGUUCCGCUGCAGAUAUUGUUCCCGCCUGGUUUUCGUAAGGACGACAUCAUGAUAUCUGCGGACGGCGAGAUUCGCUCCUGUAUUCAAGAAACUUCAAGCUUGUCUAUGAGUUCAUGCACUAGUUUUCAUUCCGAAAAUAGCACUAAAUUAGGGUAUAUAGACAUCGACAAUUUGGCAAAGGAAUCGAGUAUGAUCGCUAACAGAUGCAAACCUUGUGAUGAAAAUACUGACAAUGAAUCAAACAAUCAAAGAUUUUCAUCAUACAAACAUACUCAAGAAGCUGAAAGCUUAACCGAUAUUUACAAUCCAGACAGUGAACUUGUACACAACUCUUUAAGCGAAAGUGCGCAUAAUAGAAAGGGUCACAAUAGAAACAGCAGUGACUACAUGUCCGUUUCUAACAGAAGCAAGUUAACGGAGUCGUGUUCAUCUCAAACGGACUGUAAAGGAAUUGCAGACAAGUACAGCCAAGGCUUUGAUGAGUGUGACGGCUUAAUAAGUCUUGAAGAUAACACUGUUGUUAAAGCUGAUAUCAAUACAAAUAGAGUAGGAAUGGAACAUUCAUUGAAUGAUCUGAAUUGGCAAACACCGACGCCACUUGAGAAUGACAGAACAUCCGCUCCAUCGAAUAAAACUGACACCACAAAAACAUUGCCAUGUGGCCAAAGAAAGGAAAAUACCUCAAUUAUUGUAAACAUGAAGCAAUCCAUCCAGAGAGGUUUCACUAAACUGCUUGACGAGCUUGACGUGAUGGACCUUUGUGACCAUCUGUACGAGAGGGCGGUGGUUGACUUCAAGUUUUACAGUACGAUGUUUGAGCUGCAUUUUAGCCGCCGAAAUGUCAGAGACAUCUCACGGUAUCUGUUACUUCACCUGUCCAGGAUAGGUGUCUGCAAGGACCGCAUGAUUGACGCGCUUUAUGGCUCGGCGGAGUAUAGAUUUAUACCUGUAUUCUUUCCCGAGGAGAAAAUAUGAGUAUCUUUCAGUUGCUUAAAUUGAUAAUUGGGAAGAAACCAUGACUUCUAAUCUCAAAUGUUUGAAAAUAAAAUUCAGUUUUCAAUUCUUGCCUUAAUGGACAGAGGGUCUUACUCAAAAGAUUAUCAAAUAACUGGGUUAUAAGGUACAAGUAGUGGUCGCAUACUAAAUCUUAUACACAUAAAUAAAAAAGUAAUAAAUAAAAAGUACUGCUAAAUAUCUUUGAACAAUGAAUCUAUACACAACACGUGCAUAAUGUAAACACGAAAUGAUUAAUGAACUUUAUAAAUGACUGAAACAUUUGUUCGUUCGCCAGGUAUAAUUUAUUUCAAAUAAUAUUUUUAUUGUAUAUUUUAUACAUGUUAUGUUAGAUUACGAUUCGUUUGUUUUUUGUUACAUUUCUUUCUUACAUUCU